CUACUACUAUAUAAUAGCCAUGCAUCCCUUGUAUCCCUUCACCAAAACAUAUAUCACCUCAAAACAUGGCAACUUCAGACGCCGGUGGCAACAAAUACCGAUCCUACUUGACCCCAGAGGAGCUCAAGACCACCCAAUGGAACGCUGGACCUCCCGAUUACACCGUUGUUGACAAGCUCUUCGAAGAAGGCAGAACCAAUGUAUGGCCAGCUGGAUCUUUGGAAGAGUAUGUUCAAAAUCUUGUGAAGACAUGGGAAAUGGAGUUGGUGCAUAAGGCCAAUCCAGAUGAAUACAAGACAGUUGAUGCCAAAAGUUUUGUCCUUGGCAUCAAUGGGAAGAAGUAUUUCAGGUUGGAGGAUAUAGGUAAGAUUGGGGGAAGCUACAAUGUGUUCCUUCAGACAUCACUGCCACCAAAGUUGAGGUUCUAUGACCCCGAUGAGGAGACGUAUGACUCCUCCCAGACGGCGUUCAAGGAAGUUUUCCCCCGGGGAUUCGCCCUUGAAAUCCUCCAGGUUUACUCGGGGCCGCCUCAGAUUGCAUACAAGUUUAGGCAUUGGGGUUACAUGGAGGGCUCUUACAAAGACUCCCCUCCAACUGGGGAGUUGAUUGAGCUCUUUGGAAUUGGCAUAUUUGAGUUGAAUGAAGAAUCCAAGGUGGUGAAGGUUGAGUUCUUCCAUGACCGGGGCGAGCUGCUCGCGGGCCUCAUCAAGGACAAGCCUUCGGAGACUGCCUCUGCAGGCUGCCCCUUCAUGGCUUGAUCAUCAAAGUGUUGUCUUUGUUUGUGUGUUUGUAUUUGAAUAAAUCUGUCAAUCAGAUAUAUCCUUGUAUUCUUGGAUUUCGAAUUAGUGUAUCUUUUUCUUGAAAA